CAGUAGCGCUCCAGAGGAGAUGCCAUACACCUUCACUGCUGUUUGAGCUUUAUUGCCAAAGGUAAUAGCCUAUAAUGCUGCAUUUCCACCUCAAGUUGCCCGUCGGAGGAGCCGUAGUCCUGCUGGCCUUCCUCCUCCAUGAAUGCGCCGUGCAGGCGGCGUCUCUUCCCCGCCACCACAGGCUCCGAGGCGGAGAAAGUGAGGGUCUGCCGGCUGCCUAUCCGCCCAGCCCAGACAUGAUCAAAGCCCUGGAGUACAUUGAAAACCUGAAGCAGCGGAACGGGGGCCGACCAGAGCCAACGGAUUAUGACGAAGUGGACAAGUUCCGCGUCCUGCUCCAGCUUGCCUCGCUCCAGAAUGAAGGCGCCGGGGACCGUCAGUCUCCACCCGCCGCCCAGAGGCAGGACGUUUCCGCUGAGCAGCUGGUGAAAGCCCUGCUCAAGUCUCUCCAGGAACAAGCCGGGAGGGACACCAACCCCAGCUCUCCAGCGGCACCCAGGAGCGACCGCCGCACAUACAGGCACCGCACCAAAGAAACUGGCAGCCCCGUCAGCGCACCUGUAGACUACGGUAACUUGCCCAGACCCCACAAGAAAUACCCGCUGAUGUUUGAGGACGAGGAGAACAGAGACGCUUACAAACGGGCUACGGAAGAUCUGGACGAGCAGUACACCCCGCAGAGCCUCGCAAAUUUACGCUCCAUCUUCGAAGAGCUCGGGAGGAUGCCCACCACCACUGGCCAAAAGAGAGACGUCUUCGGGGACGAUGAUGAAGAGGAGGAUGAGGACAUGGUCAGCCUCAGAAACCUGGCCUACGAUGAUGUGGCUGGAGGAGAGGACUGGGUCCCCGUGGAGGAGAGAGAGGAGACAGAGGAGAUGGUGAAUGGGAACCGUGAAGAGAUGGACAGGGCGCUGAGUGACGCAGCUGAGCAGGAGGAAAUAGAGAGAGAAGAGAUGCAACGCCGUGCAAGCCAGGACCAAGAGGAGGCUGAUGAUGACACCAAGCUGGUGGAUUACUACCUUCUGAAGGUCCUGGAGAUGAGUGACCAGACGCAGAAGAGGGAUAACACCGGGGAGCAGAAAAAGAGACUGAUACGCCCCUCCAUUGUGGAUCCUCGGACAGUGAAAGAGUUGCUGGAGCUCUCCCUAAAGCUCCACGUCCCACCGCAGGACCUAAUCGAUAUGCUGAUCACAGAGGAGCUUAGAAAGCUGCACCGCCACCCCCAAGGCUCAACUCACUACAGGACCGGCCAGACACCCAAGAUCAGAUACUUCAGCCGGAGACUGCCGCUGAAGAGCAAGACUGCCCCUGAGGACAUGGACAGAGAGGACUUUUUGGACAUCAUCGGUGUGGAGACUAUCAGUAACGAGUAUCCCGUGAUGCAGAGACCCCUGAAGCCCGCUUCCUCCCCGGACAGGGAACCAGGUGCGUCCGCUCCGGCUGCAAACUCAGCACCAGCUCCAGCUAAAAUCCCCUCUCCCUCUGGACGCAGGGAGAACUUAUUUUUAUCCGAGCUCAACAAAAUGCCCCUGAAACGACAGACAGAUGUCGGUGACGGUGAUGAUGAUGACGUGGAAGACGAGGUGACAACCUACCUGGCCGCCAAAAUCCUUACAGAGUACCCCAAUACCAUCACCAAGCGGGACACCCAGGCGCAGCUGAAAGGACAGUUCCCAUAUGAGCUGUACGAGCAAGCGAUGAAGGAUUACUUAGGGCAAGUGGACAGUGACAGAAGCGCAGUGGCCAAGAGGGAAACCGAGGUUGCCACAGAGGAGAAGAUAAUGCCCACAGAGACGCAGGGGAAAGAUGAGAUAGCGGCCGAGACCUCGGCUCCACAGACCGUGAAUGAGGAAGAGAUGGAGCACCGUGGGAAACCAGUGGCUGGGAUGUAGCCUAUCACCUCGCAAGACGCACGACAUAUGAAUAUAAUGUUUAUACUGUCUCAAAAAUAACCAGUCUGGUGGACGUGAUCUAGUUUACAUUGCCAAUUUCUAUUAUAUGAAUUAUAGCCGGUAUUACAAAUAUCACCCUAACGAAAAAGAACUAUAGAAAUCCUAUAAUGAUUUUUAGGAUGUAGGACUAUAUACCAUUGUCACAGUCCCUAUAGGAAUAUCAUAGACGCAUUGUAGGAAUGUUAUAGUGGUACCAUGUAUGAUAGAGAAAAAUAAAGUCUGAUACUAGAAUCACCUCCCUAUAGAAUUACUAUAGGAAUAUUAUAGGGAUUUUUCGUUAGGGCAGUGUGCUGGGCUAAUAAAGAACGAGUGUUGUUGUGACUCGUGAUAUAUUCAGGGUUCGUGCAUUUUAAAUGUUACAAUUAUGGAGACAUUACUUACAAAUUUAAAGAUUAGACCGUCGCCUGCCUUCCAGCCCUUUCAUACUGCGAAGCUCUGUAUUGUUAGCCUAUACCAGUUGUUGUGCUAUAUAUGCUCAUUUUUAAGCCAUUUUGUACAUGUUCAAUAAUGUGUGAUGAAUCAGAAAAAUAAAGCAUCAGCGGUAUUAUUUUUCUC